GCGGGACGAAGCUGGUCGGCAGGCGUGCGCCACGGCAAACGGCAAUGCAGCAGUACGAGAUGUGAGAGCGGCCGCUCGACAGCGCCAGUGCACCGCAAUGCCUUCCAACCUGCACCCCCAGCACCUCAACAACCCCGCGCUGGCACCUUUGCUGCCCGGCGGGUUGUCCCGGGGGUUGGCCAAGGGGGCGGGUCUACCCCGGCGAUACUCCGCCUGCCUUGUCCUGAUGGCUGUGUCCGUGACCAUCUUCCUGCUGCACACUGUCCUUUUGUCCGACGCCAGGAACUUCGGUCAGGUGCCCCUGCUUGGCAGAACCAUACAGAGUUGGAGCGAGGAUGUUGACGAGGAGGCGCUGAGCGCGGAACAGGCCGAGUCGUUGGCCAACCAGCGGCGGCUGCUGGCCGACGAAAUGCUGGGCUACGCGUACGGCCGGCACGGUGACAACGUGUCCUCGCUGGCCGACCUGGUGCCUGAGCAGGGUGGCACCCCUCGCCGCUCAGUCGUGCUGACCACGUGGCGCUCGGGCUCCACUUUUGUCGGCGACGUGCUCAACAGCCACCCUGCCAGCUGGUACCACUACGAGCCGCUGCUCGACCUCGACAUCGUCCAGGUCAGAGGCCCACCCCUCGCCGACAGGGCGCAGUUCACCCUCAAACAGCUGCUCAAUUGCAACUACACUGGCCUUGACCACUACCUCGAGUACGGCAAAAAACACGUGUUUCUAUUCACACACAAUCGGCGGCUGUGGCUGCAGUGCGAGGCACACCCAAAUCUCUGCUGGCGGCCGGAAUUCCUCUCAGCCAUGUGCAAACUGUUUCCCGUGCAGAACAUGAAGGUGGUGCGUCUCAGGGUCAGCCUGGCCGAGAAACUGCUCAAGGACAAGUCCCUGCCAAACGUGCGGAUUUUGCUGCUGGUGCGCGACCCGCGGGGCACGAUGCAGUCCCGGCGGCACAGAGACUGGUGCCCUGGCAACCCUGACUGCGAUGAUCCAGCCCUGCUGUGCGCCGACCUUGCCAACGACUACUACGCAGCCGUCAAGCUCAGCCGCAAAUACCCAGACAGGUUCAAGGUGAUGCGCUACGAGGACAUCUCGAUGGACCCGUACCGUAAGGUUAAGGAGAUGCUGAGGUUCCUGCAGCUCAACUUUCACCCGGCGGUGCAGCUGUUCCUGGACACGCACACCAAGGAGAACGUGGGCGGCGUCAGCAGCACGUUCCGUGACUCGAAGGUGGCGCCGUUCCACUGGCGGCAGGACCUGUCGCACCGCGACGUCCGCCGCGUGCAGAACGUGUGCGUGGAGGCGAUGCAGCUGUGGGGCUACAUACCGGCCCUAUCCGCCGCGCACCAGCUCGAGUUCAACCCGCUGGCCAAGUUCAAGCUCAAGUGAGCGGUCAACCGCGCCGCCGCCAGCACUCGGAACUGAUUCCCCUCGUUGUCGGUGAUAGAGAAUUCGGUCUGUUGGCCAGCCGCCCCCUUGAAACGAAAUUAAAAACAACACGGACCUGCUCGUCCGACAGUUUCUUUCAUCCUCGCUACGUGGACUAAUUAACUGGUUAGCAGUUAAAAUUCGCCUUGAAAAUUCAUAUGGGUAUAGCAGUUUUAGCGUAAACAGAAAAACAGGGUCCAAAAAUUGGCGGCCGUUGUUGUUGUUAUUGUUGUUGUUGUUAAUACGAAAGUAGCCGUCUGACGAGAGAGGGUGCGUGGAUAUUGGACCAGAGGAAGCGCGCGCGCGAGCUAGACAAUAAGCAGAGGAGAGCCUUUUGUGAUCUCAAGCCGGCGAUGACGAUAAAAUAACACGAGACGAGAGAACAGAGACAAAGUCAGACCGAAUUUAGUGAGCUAGGCUGUUAUUGCUCAUCGCUAAUUUUACGACUAAUUAUACUAUAAAUAUAUAUACAAUAUAUUAAAUUGUAAUGAGUAUACAUUAGCUAGCGAAUUACACACUCUCUAACUAAACUUCGUCACUUCUCACUCUCUCUCUCACACACUCACUUACAACGCACAAUCCGCUCAUAGGGUAGUAAAUGAACGAGCCUCAAAUUAAAAUAGAGCAAAAGGAAGAAGAAAAAAGAAUAAUAAUUUAAACACCAACUCCACUCACCUUGGAAGCUUUUCUCGAUCGCUGCAAUUUUGGCGCCGUCACUAAUCAACUUGAGCUGCUUUCUCUCGAGAAUCAAAAUUUUUCGGUUUUCAUGGGGGAGGGGAUUAAUCGUGCGGUACGUUUGUCGCCUCGCAAUUAAAACAGUUAUUUGAUAAUAAAAGCAAGCUUUACUACAGAACGAGACUCGACGAAAAAAUGUAAUGUAAUACUAAAAUAAGAUAAAAUAUGUAAAUUGAGAUUAUAUAUGUACAUGUGCAUCUUGCCAUUUUGCCCCCGCUUUUUCAUAGACACUAAGUGCUGCGGUUUUGUGUUUGGAUUUCACUGCCUCCUGCAUAAAAAGGUGCCUUAGCAAACACACAAUGCAUUGUAAGUAAACUCCAGGGCAAGAGCGAACUUUUUGUUUCCAUUUUUUGUUCUUAAAUUGUGUUGCCGUACGUGAGAAUGAACAAAAUUAUCGUCGUCUGCCGCUUUACACUAUCUUCGACUUCGUAAGACUAAUGUAAUAAUUAAAUUUGCCUCUCUUUCGAUUAGGCUCGUAAGAAAGAAACGCACACACGUAUUUGAAAUCAACCAGUUGUUCCUAGAUCUUUCUCUUUGGUUUCGAGAGAAAACCAAACGAUCGCAACAGAAGUAAAAAAAAUUAUGCACACAAAUGGAAUCAUUAUAUGAGCGGUAGAUUGUACUUGACACACACUGUAACGGAGAGUAAAAAUAAUAUAGAUUUGGGCUUCCAGCAAUUAACUACGACUAUAGGAAUUUAUUCGGAAAUACGAGACGAAAAAUAACUAGCGCAGCUUUACACAAGAUUAUACAUAGUAUUUUAAUCGAAUUCAGAAGUUUUCUCUGAAGUUAAGAUAGCAUUCACUUUAUAGAGAAAGUGUAAAUUGUAAGUAGAUGUAGAGCCGCAUAAGUCCGAUCAUGCCAACGUUUGAUUUCUCACUUGCAAUCAGUGACAGGCACAAAACGCGGUGGAAAGGGAAAACGGAUUUUUGCUCAUCACCCACUGGCAUAAAACAAAAUAAUAAGGAACUCUCACACAGGAAUGGAAUAAUAUAUCAGCGCCACACACGCAAGUUGCUCAUUUACAAACGAAAAAUCCUACACGACGAAGAUAAACCAAAUCCAGAGUUUGUCCAAGAGAGGGCGUCUUCGUUAACUUGUGAAAUGACAAUUCAAGCUGGCUAUUAUUGCGCCUCUUGAAUUGCUACGAGAAUGUAAAACUGUGAAAAUGUUAUCAGUAUUGAUGCAUUUUACGAUGCGAAUAAAGUGAAUUUUUAUCAUACAA